AUGCAACGGGAGCACCACAGCAACGGGAGCACCACAGCAACGGGAGCACCACAGCAACGGGAUCACCACAGCAACGGGAGCACCACAGCAACGGUAGCACCACAGCAACGGGACCACCACAGCAACGGGACCACCACAGCAACGGGAGCACCACAGCAACGGGAUCACCACAGCAACGGGAGCACCACAGCAACGGGAGCACCACAGCAACGGGACCACCACAGCAACGGGAGCACAACAGCAACGGGAGCACAACAGCAACGGGAGCACCACAGCAACGGGAGCACCACAGCAACGGGAGCACCACAGCAACGGGAGCACAACAGCAACGGGAGCACAACAGCAACGGGAGCAACACAGCAACAGCAGCACCACAGCAACGGCAGCACCACAGCAACGGGACCACAACAGCAACGGGAGCAACACAGCAACGGCAGCACCACAGCAACGGGAGCACAACAGCAACGGGAGCACAACAGCAACGGGAGCAACACAGCAACAGCAGCACCACAGCAACGGCAGCACCACAGUAACGGGACCACAACAGCAACGGGAGCAACACAGCAACGGCAGCACCACAGCAACAGGGGCACCACAGCAACGGGAGCACAACAGCAACGGGAGCAACACAGUAACGGCAGCACCACAGCAACGGGACCACAACAGCAACGGGAGCAACACAGCAACGGCAGCACCACAUCAACGGGGGCACCACAGCAACGGGGGCACCACAGCAACGGGAGCACAACAGCAACGGGAGCACAACAGCAACGGCAGCACCACAGCAACGGGAGCACAACAGCAACGGGAGCAACACAGCAACGGCAGCACCACAGCAACGGCAGCACCACAGCAACGGCAGCACCACAGCAACGGGACCACCACAGCAACGGGACCACCACAGCAACGGGACCACCACAGCAACGGGACCACCACAGCAAAGGGAGCACCACAGCAACGGGACCACCACAGCAACGGGAACACCACAGCAACGGCAGCACCAGAACAACGGGAGCUCCACAACAACGGGAGCACCACAGCAACGGGAGCACCACAGCAACGGGAGCACCACAGCAACGGGAGCACCACAGCAACGGGAGCACCACAGAAACGGGAGCAUCACAGCAACGGGAGCACCAGAGCAACGGAAGCACCAGAGCAACGGGAGCACCAGAGCAACGGGAGCAGCACAGCAACAGGAGCACCACGGCAACGGGAGCACCAGAACGGGAGCAGCACAGCAACAGGAGCACCACGGCAACGGGAGCACCAGAACGGGAGCACCACGGCAACGGGAGCACCAGAACGGGAGCAGCACAGCAACAGGAGCACCACGGCAACGGGACCACCAGAUCAACGGAAGCACCAACAACAAGAGGCAAGUGCUUGGAACACCGCGAGAUGCAGUACAAGUAG